AGUUUACGGUGCUUCAGGCCGCGCACGCGUAGUGCAGUGGGCCGCCAUCGCCGCUCGGUGUUCGAGGCUGCGGGAGCCCGUGGGGCAACGCUGCGCAGCAGGUUCUGGUACUGCUGACUUCUCUUGGUUACCCUGUUAUACUUGCCAUCUUUGCUGAGUUCUUGGCUAGACACAGUUAUAUUUCUGUGGCAGCCUGGGAAGAUGCUGCCUUUGGAGAGGGUAUUAGCCUCCCCUAGAAGCUCCCCACCCCAACCAGAACCAUCUACUCUGCGGUCAGAAGAUACAGCCCAGCAGGAAGAACCUAGCCAGCAGGAGGAAUGCAGGAGGCAGGAUGAACUCAUCCAGAAAGAGGAACCCAUCAAGCUGCUGGAACCUAGUCAGAGGGAUGAGCCCAACCAGGGGGAAGAAUUCAGUGAGCAGGAUGAUCCUCCCAACCAGGGGGAAGAAUUCAGUGAGCAGGAUGAUCCUCCCAACCAGGGGGAAGAAUUCAGUGAGCAGGAUGAUCCUCCCAACCAGAGGGAAGAAUUCAGUGAGCAGGAUGAUCCUCCCAACCAGAGGGAAGAAUUCAGUGAGCAGGAUGAUCCUCCCAACCAGGGGGAAGAAUUCAGUGAGCAGGAUGAUCCUCCCAACCAGAGGGAAGAAUUCAGUGAGCAGGAUGAUCCUCCCAACCAGGGGGAAGAAUUCAGUGAGCAGGAUGAUCCUCCCAACCAGAGGGAAGAAUUCAGUGAGCAGGAUGAUCCUCCCAACCAGGGGGAAGAACUCAGUGAGCAGCAAGAACCUAGUCGGCGGGAUGAGCCCAAUCAAGAGGAAGAGUCUGUCCAACUGCAGGAACCCAGCCAGAGGGAAGAACCUGACGAGAAGGAUGUACCUAUGCAGCAGGAAGAACCCAUGCAGCAGGAUGAGCCCAGCCAGUGGGAAGAACCCAUGCAGCAGGAUGAACCCAUGCAGCAGACAGAGCCCAUUGAGCAGCAUAAACCCAUCCAACAGGAAGAACUCAUCCAGCAGGAGGGACCCAUUGAGCAGGAAAAGCCCAUCCAACAGGAAGAACUCAUCCAGCAGGAGGGAUCCAUUGAGGAGCAUAAAUCCAUCCAACAGGAAGAACUCAUCCAGCAGGAGGAACCCAUUGAGCAGGAAAAGCCCAUCCAACAGGAAGAACUCAUCCAGCAGGAGGAACCCAUUGAGCAGGAAAAGCCCAUCCAACAGGAAGAACUCAUCCAGCAGGAGGAACCCAUUGAGCAGGAAAAGCCCAUCCAACAGGAGGAGCCCAUUGAGCAGGAGGAGAGCAUUGAGCAGAAUGCUUUCAUCCAGAAGGAACUCAUCUAUCAGGAUGAGCCCAUCGAACAAGAACUGGUUCAGCAGGAGGAGUUCAUUCAGCAGAAUAAGUUCAUCCAAAAGGAAGAAUUCAUUCAGCAGGGCGAGCCCAUUCAGCAGGAUGCUUCUAUCCAACAUGAACUCAUUCAUCAAGUGGGGCCCAUUCAUCAGGAUGAGCCCAUCCAAAAGGAACUGAUUCUACAGGAGGACUUCAUUCAGCAGGUAGGGUUCAGUGAACAGGAGGAGCUCAGCCAACAGGAAAAGCCUCAUCAGCGGAAGGAAACAGAAACCAUCACUGAGAGAUCUGCUGCUGACCUUGAGUUCUCCCGCCUGCGCUUCCGGGAGUUUGUCUACCAGGAGGCAGCUGGGCCUCACCAGACUUUGGCCAGGCUUCAUGAGCUAUGCCGUCAGUGGCUGAGGCCGGAGGCCUGCUCCAAAGAGCAGAUCCUGGAGCUGCUGGUUCUGGAGCAGUUCCUGGGCAUCUUGCCAGACAGGGUCCGUCCCUGGGUGGUAGCCCAGUAUCCUGAGAAUUGCAAGAAAGCUGCCUCCCUGGUGGAGGGUAUCUCUGACAUCCUGGAGGAGUCAGGAAUGAUGUUGUGUUCCCCGGGUGGGUCAUCAUCGUCAUUCAGCGAGGGAGACUAUGAGAGGUGUCCUGAGCCCCUGCUGCUACCAUGUGGGUUGCUAAGUCCCAGCAGAAACUUAAGACCCAGGGAGAUCCUGGUAUGCCGAGAUACUUCUCCCCUCCUUCCAGCCUGGCCUACGCUGGAAUCUGUGCAUUUGGAUCAAGAGCAUACAGAGGGAGAAAAGAGUGAAAAGGCCAACUCUGCCACUGUUGAGCUGAAGGAGCCUCUACAGUCGGAAUGGGACCACCUGGAUCCCACAGAGGAUAACCUGACCAGUUACAGCAAACUGCUCCUGUGGGGGUGUCAGUUUUCCCAGGCUGGUCCAUCUUCCAUGCUGGAGACAGAGAAAUCUUGUGUGGUGGAAGAACUGCCAGGGAGCAGCCUCCCAGACAGCACCGGGCAGCAGGAAAGCAACGGAAAUGUGUGUGAAGAAGUCUCUUUGGGGGAGACACUGAUGGAGAGUCUUUCAGGGGAUGUUCCUGUUAGCCCUUUGAUAGAUACUACCCUGGAGGAGAAACAGCAACCUCAGAAGGCUUUGGAUGCUGAGGAUGAGGCUGAGGAUUCAAGCCCUACCAGUCCCCAGAGGCAAUCAGUCAUUCAGCAGUCAGCCCAGGACAAGGAUAGGCCACAUCAAGGCACUGGGACAAAGAGGCCCCAUCCAGAUGAUGAGGAUGAAGAGGACCCUGAGUGUCUUUCCAGCACCAGCAGCUAUCAGCUACCAUUUGAUGCAGGGAAGGUGCUUCAUGUGGAUGGUGAUGAACCAUCUGGGAAGGACCCAGGAAUUUCUGCUGGGGGAUGCUCUGCAACUGAUGAAUUUAAUGCAUCUCAAGGGAAGCCCUAUACAUGCAGUGAAUGUGGAGAGGCCUUUGCAUGGAUCUCGAACCUUAUGGAGCAUCACAAGAGUCAUGGCAGUGAGACAUGCUAUGUGAGCCAGGGCUACUAGGAACCCUUACAGUUCAGCUUAGUUGUGGUCAAGCACCCCAAGAAUCACAUACAAAACAACAAAAGAAAGCCACACCUAGAGCCCUUCUCUGCCACAAGCAAAACUCAUUGAUGGGAAGAUUGGCAGCUUCUAGUGUGUGGGUGGUUUUCCUUAUACAACUUGAGGUGUAAGGCAAAGCAACUCUGCUAUGACUGUCCCAUAACAUGACAGUUGUAACCUGAGUGAUCCUAAGAUUCGUGUAGUAGUGGAUUCUUGUAUUUCUACAGGCAUAUCUGUGCUUAUUUUCUGGAUGCUAACGUGCUCAUCAUCUUAGAAACACACUUUGGUCUGAUGUUAUAUCCUGUAAACUAUCAGAUGUGUUGGAAGACUCCAUUUCUGCAGUACUUUAAUACCAUUCGUACUCUGGUCAUUUGACAUUGUACAAAGUGUUGAGUUGCCUUAAAGUAUGUGAUCUGUUGGCGCUUUCUUGAGCCCUUCUUGCCUCAGUUGCUUCUCGAGCUCCUUGUUUGUUCACAUAUAAUUCUUGCCAUCUAUUUUGGCCUUUUUGUAAGUAUGUGAUGUCAGGUUUACUUCUGAAUCCUUAAGAGCAAAUGCUGUUUCUUAGUUCAAGUCACAUAUGUGGAGUGGCUUGCAAAGAUCACAAAAUAUGCUGAUUUCAGACUGGGUUUGAGCCCAUUUGUGAGUUGUGAAGUCCGGUCAGUGGAUGGCCACUGAUACUACAAAACAAUGAAGUAGAAUGAAAGGUCAGAAUGCAUCAUGUAGUAAAAGCAAGUAUUGUUUUGUGAAACUUCUCAGCUGAGUAUCUGAGAGCUGGCAACCACAUUAAAUAUAUUUGUUAAGGGGUACAAGCAUACAGGUUGAAGAAAUGAUCUGUAUCUGAGCUGAGAGAACCAAAUGUGGCCUACAUAGGUGAUCUUGUGGUUUUGCUUUUAACUUCAGAUUACAACAUUGUUUCUAUUGCCUGACCAUAAAUGUAAUUGCUCCGCAGAUACAGAAAGGGUGUCUUUUUCUGUCAGUGUUUGAGCAGGCAAUUUGUGUAACCCCCAAAUCAGAGGCUUACCAUAAUAAAGUAUUUAUUUCUUCAUUCA